CUCCGCCGCGGCACCUCCCGGGCUGCUCCGCCCCCCUUCCGCUCCGUCGCGGCUCUAGCCGUUUCCUUGGGUGCUGCGCCUUGAUCCGACCCGCUUGCCCCGCUCCUAUCCAAGAUGUCGGAAAAUGUGUCCCGACGGCUGCAGGAAAAGGUCAUGGAAAUGGCAUUUCAGAGGGUCGAUGCCCAGAGACAGACUUCCUAUGAGAGCGUUCCAAAGUUUCCAGUUCCUGCUGAUAGGAAUAUCCAUCCGUGGUUACCUCACAAUCAAGUUCUGCUAGAUCGCAUGAACUUGGAAAAUGCAUGGUUACCCCAUGAUGCCACACGGACUCAACUGAGCGACCUCUACAAACAGAUUCAUCAGCGAUAUCUAUCAAUAAAGACCACCUCAUUCAGUGGAAAUGUUAUGCGACUAGGUCAAUAUCAGUUAGGUGAUGUCCCCGUGACACCACCGGGCAGUGAAACAGAAACUACCUAUCAUACCAUUAUGCUUAGAGCCAAGGGUGGGCAACGAGUUGAGCUUCUAAUUCGGGAGUUUGACAACUAUGUCAUUGCUUGGAGGGUGAUCAGAGAUGAUGCAGAUUUUCUAACUGCUCGGUGGUUUGCGUUUAAGGACACAGCCAAGCAGAUUCCCCGCCACUUGUUUGGUGAUGUGAUUCAAACACUAUAUUCGUCUGGAUACAGUGAUAUGACAGGGAGAGCUCUUAAUACAGGGAUCUCAGUUGGCAUCCAGACUUUAGAGGAAAUCACUGACUUCCUGGUUGAAUUCGAUGUAAACCAAGGCAUCAGCAUUGAGGGAAUAAGACUAUUUCAGACUCUGUUUGUGAUAGUUGGGGAAGCACAGAGGCUGGGUCCUCUCCAGAAUUAUGUCCUGGACUAUAUCAAUGUUGACGAUGUGGUCAAUAUCGAUGAGGACCACAUCGAUGAGGACAACAUCGGUGAGCAUGAGGACCACAUCGAUGAGGACAACGUCGGUGAGCAUGAGGACCACAUCGAUGAGGACAACGUUGGUGAGCAUGAGGAGCACAUCGAUGACGACAACAUUGGUGAGGACGAUGUCGAUGUCUUUUUUCGUCAAGACCUCCCCUAUGGUUACGACGACGUGAUCCACAAUUGGUCUUCUGUAUGUGAUGCUAUUUACCUUCUCUCAUUGGUGAUCUGUGAAAUCCAGCUUGAGCAAAGAGUGAAAGCUCGGAUAGGUGGUGGCAAGUUGUCGCAGAACUCUGUGAUACUCAAGGUUCGUGAUCAGAUAUUAGAGCACAAGACGAAAACCGAGAAGAAGCUUGUUAACCUGGAGAGUAAGGUUGGUUGUGUCCUGCAUAUCCCUCGGGAGGAGGAUGGCACCUUUGGUCAAGCGACUGUGGACGCUCUGAUUGGCCAGCAGGUCUACUUACUGAAAUACAACGCUCUUCUGGUCCCCAAAUUAAUGGCUCGUCUGGAUAACCCUGAGUUCAUGGGCGUGGUGCUUGGUUCCUAGGUUGUACUAGGGCUGUUAGUUAACUAGCUCCAGUUUUUACAGACUCAACUUGGUUGCUAGAAGAGCGGUUAUUGGGGAGAACUACAAGAGCUCUGCACCCGUGAUGGUGCCACCACUUGGGAAUGGAUUCAGAAACCAACUAAGGUGUUACUUUCCUAGA